UAGCAAGCCAGCCCAAGCACUCAUAACUGUCAGAGCAGAAACAGCGAAGAAUCUCAGUAAACCUGUAAAAAUAUUUAGUAUUGAGAGAUACUGGUAUUUUUCAGGUUUUAUCUGAAGUCUGACAGGUUCAUGGUCACAUCCAGGAGAGCAGAGCGUGCUCAGAACCAUGGCCCUCGCUGAGGAGCAGCCUGAAAAACACUGCUGGGUGUGUUUUGCCACAGAGAGAGACGACCACAGUGCAGAGUGGGUGAGUCCCUGCAGGUGUAAAGGCUGCACUAAAUGGAUCCAUCAGUCAUGUUUGCAGCGCUGGCUGGACGAGAAGCAGAAGGGGAACAGUGGAGGAGCGGUGAGCUGUCCACAGUGUGGCACCGAGUACCUCAUCACCUUUCCCAAGAUGGGUCCUUUGGUGUAUUUCCUGCAGCAGGUGGACCGAGCCCUGUCCCGUGCGAGUCCUUUUGCAGCAGUCAGUGUGGUGGUCGGGACGGUUUACUGGUCCGCCGUCACAUACGGGGCGGUGACGGUCAUGCAGGUCGUGGGACAUAAGAAAGGCCUGUACAUCAUGGAGCGAGCUGACCCACUCUUCCUGCUCAUGGGUCUACCCACCAUCCCUGUGGCUCUGGUGCUGGGGAAGAUGAUCCGCUGGGAGGAUUACAUCGUGAGGCUGUGGCAGAGAUACUCCCACAGAGGGAAGCUGCAUCCAGGCACAGGUCAGUAUCUGCCCCGGAUUCCUGUGGAUGGGCCGGGAUCUGGAGACCACCUAUCUGUGUCAAGGACGCUCUGUGGAGCGCUUAUCUUUCCCUCCAUCGCCAGCCUGGUGGGGCGACUGCUGUUCAGACGGAUGGACUCUAACCUUCAGCGCACCAUACUGGGAGGCAUCGCGUUCGUCCUGAUUAAAGGAGUGUUGAAGGUUUAUUUCAAACAGCAGCAGUACGUCAUCCAGGCCAACCGACAGAUCCUCAACUACCCCGAGAGGAACAAUGAUGGACAGUAUGAGGGCGGAGACGAGGACACGGAGGACAGCGGGAACGAGUAGAUUUGAAUUCUCCGAGGUGAAAAGAAAAAACUGUGGAGCAUGAUGACAUGACCGUUCAGAAGAAAGGAGUGUUUUUGCCAUAAAUCACAAUGCAGAAAAACUGUUAAACUGAGGGAAGAGCUCGUGCAGAGGAGGACAGGGGUUUCUGAGUGAGAGUCAUGAGUCUGUUGAAAGUGACGACAGCGGUUUCUGGUGCAACUGUGGACUUUUUUCUCCAGAAUCUAGUUUUAAACAGCCAACUCUGAUCACAAAAUACAGGAAUAGUUAACGGCUAGAACCACUUCAGUGGAUGUCAAAGGCAACAAAGACACAAGAAGUUGUUCCAAAAAUCUAAUAUUUCAGCCCUAUUGGUUUAAACAGGGCAUUGUUAGUAAGUUUAGAUUUAUAUCCAUUAAAAUUAUUUUGUUUAAUAUGUUUUCAGUUUUGCAAAAUCCCUAUCAGGGCUGCAACCUUCCUUUAAAUACUGUUAAACUUCAUCAUGCCAGAGUUCAGUUAUCAAGCUGCUGAUUUUUAAAAUAAAAGCAGCAUUAAAAAGACAAACUCUAGUGCCUCCUUUCAUACAUAGAAAGUAUAUAAGUUUAAAACAAACCCCAAAAAUCGUCACUUUAACAUGGGUGUAAUUUAUUUUUAACAAAGUUAAAUAAUUGUAGAAAUACUGAGCGUGUGCAGGACAAUUAAGACUCCAGACAGGGAAUGGGACAGGGAAUUUAACCAGGAAAAACCUCGUUGAGAUAAAAAGUCUCUUUUUCAAAUCGUCGUGGCCAAAACAGGCAGCAUCACAUUACAGACAACCAAUGACAUGGCAGACAUAGAACAAGAUAACGUAGACAACAUGCAGAAAAUAACAGGAGCCAAUAUUUGCUCAAAGCAACCACAGAUGUGAUAAAUAAUACUGUGCAAUUGUAAUUAUACUGGACAAUGCUGCAGUUUAUAUUGUAGAGCAAUUAUGAUAUUAUCCAGACUAGGACUGGGCAAUUUAUUGAUAAUUAGAUAAGAAUUUGGCCUGCUGGAAUUUUUAAAUUAUAGAGGGUGCUAUAUUUCUCUGAAAUUUGUCUCAAAAUACCAGUUUUAAACUUUUUUUGCAGCAGAGACAUUAUGCAUUACAUAUCAUACAGUCAUUCAGGUGACAUAUUUUUUUAGAGUAGUCUACCAAAAAAUCCCACCAUCUUCAUUUUGGUCCUUUUUUCUUAUUAAAUAUAAGAAUGACAAAAACCCUUCAAUGCAAUAAUUUCUAUCCAAUUUGCAAUACGAGUCAAAAUCAUCAGAAUUAGACACUUCUAAAGAAUUGUUCAGCCUU